UUGAACGAGGUCUGUCAGUCAUUCAUUAAAUAAACGCCGAGUAUCGCGGUAGUAAUUUACGCCGUAAAACAAUUCGUGAAAUCAUUAUACCUAGGCGUAUCUUUUGUUUGUAAAAUUAUGAUAUGACGAACAGUUGUGUCUACUAAAUCAAAUUGUGAAAUUAAGUGGGCAAAAAUGGCUGGCGCUGGAGGGAUUUUACGUCGAUUUCUACUCGUCUUCUUGGAUUGUCUGCUUCUAUUACAGCUAGCGCAAUACGUACCCACAGCCUCUGCAGAAGCCCACUGUAUUUGGUAUGGCGUUUGUUCAAGUGACCCCUACAAACCGACAAACUGCGCUUACAAUGGAACAGCAAAACCCAUCCCCAGUACAGCAAUGACGAUCAUGCAGAAAUACUGCCCGUCCAUCGCAGCCGGCGGUGUCUCCUGCUGCAGUGACGAGCAGAUGGACAACCUAGCCUCAAAGAUCAUGCCAGCUGAGAAUCUCCUGCAAAGAUGUCCGUCUUGUUUCGAGAACUUUGUACAACACAUCUGUGGGAUGACUUGUUCACCGAAUCAGAGCGACUUCUUGUAUCCCUCCGAAGUUGUUCCGUUCAAUGCAACACACCAGAGGAUCACCACAAUUACCUACGACCUUAGUGCUAAAUAUAUGAACACCACGUUUGAGUCCUGCCUACAGGUGCAAGCGCCGUCAACCAACCAACUGGCUUUGGACCUUAUGUGCGGGGAAUACGGUGCAGAAUACUGUACGCCGGAGCGGUGGUUCAAGUUUAUGGGAGAUGUGGCGAAUUUCGCGCCCUUCCAAAUCAACUAUGUGAAUGAUCCAGUGCCUGAACAUGGCCUGAUGCCCUACGAUCCAGUAACAAGACCCUGUAAUGAAGGAGCACCCGGUCAACCCGGCUGUUCAUGCCUGGACUGCAGCGCCUCAUGUCCCGCACCACCGCCGCCGCCACCUCCAAUGGUUCCCUUCACCAUCCUCGGAGCUGACGGGUAUGCCGUCAUCAUGGCGAUCGUCUUCAUCAUCUUCACAACCCUCUUCCUCUCAGGAGUAUUCUGCUGCACUCCCCAAGACAAUGCUGUCGACGGGUGGGCGCGCAGCGGCGAGGCGCGGCGACGCGGCGGCCCCGAGACCAGUCCGCUGCACUCGCACCGCUCCAGUGUGGCUUCAGAGAACAAUCAGGAGAUGGCAACGAACCCUAGGACUCUUGGUUGGUCUACUGACCAACCUGAUGGUGUGGAAGGAGAGGCGUCGUUCUUUGAGAAGCUUGGAGCGGAGACUGAGACUAAGAUGGAGGACUUCUUCCAGUGGUGGGGAUACCACAUGGCGUCUCGACCUUGGCUUGUACUCUUUGUGGGUCUAUGUAUAGUGGUGGGUCUUGGGCACGGCAUCAGCUACAUGCGUGUGACGACCAACCCGGUGGAGCUCUGGGCAGCACCCAACUCGCGUUCCCGUAUAGAGCGCGAAUAUUUCGACUCACACUUUGAACCGUUCUACAGAAACGAGAUGUUGAUCAUCACCUCCAAAGGCCUGCCUAAGAUCGAGCACAACACACCAAACGGGGACAUCAGCUUCGGGCCUGUCUUCAACGCCACCUUCCUGAAAGACGUGCUGGAGUUACAGAACAAAAUCAUGGCUCUGGGCAACGAGACAGGUAUCCAGGACAUUUGCUUCGCGCCGCUGACGUCAUCGUUCAGUGGCCCCAUCAAACCGUACGACUGUGUGGUGCAGUCCGUGUGGGGAUGGUGGCAGAACGAUAUCAGCAACUUUGAAGCCGAGGAAGAGGAUGGAGAAUAUCUUAAUACUAUUUUGAAGUGCUCUAGCAAUCCGUUCCUGCCGGAGUGCCUGGGUUCGUACCGCGGUCCGGUGCUGCCCGCGGUGUCGCUGGGCGGGUUCCUGGCGCCGGGCGAGGCGCUCAGCAAGAGGAGCCGCUUCCACGAGGCCACCGCACUCAUCAUCACGCUACUCGUCAACAACAAACACGAUAAGGAACAGUUGAAACCGGCGUUGGAAUGGGAGAAAGAAUUCAUUGCGUUCAUGAAGAACUACACUGCGAACCAAAUGCCUGCGUACAUGGACAUUGCGUACACUUCGGAGCGUUCCAUUGAAGAUGAAUUGGAGAGAGAGUCACAAUCAGACGUGUCCACUAUCCUCGUGUCAUACUUCAUUAUGUUCGCGUACAUUGCGAUCUCACUCGGAAGGUUCACCGGCUUCUCAAGACUCCUUAUUGAUAGCAAAGUCACCUUGGGUCUUGGAGGUGUGACGAUUGUCCUAGCGUCAGUAGUAUGCUCAGUGGGUAUGUUCGGUUUCGCCGGAGUACCGGCGACGCUGAUCAUCAUCGAAGUCAUUCCGUUCCUGGUACUGGCGGUGGGAGUCGACAAUAUCUUCAUCCUGGUACAAACCAACCAGAGGGAGGGCAGGCGGCCCAACGAAACUGUUGCUGAACAUAUUGGAAGGACGCUGGGUCAAGUAGGUCCCUCGAUGUUCCUGACGUCGAUGUCGGAGUCAGUAUGUUUCUUCCUGGGCGCGCUGUCCGACAUGCCGGCCGUGCGAGCCUUCGCGCUGUACGCGGGCGCCGCGCUACUGGUCGACUUCCUGCUACAAGUCACUUGCUUCGUGGCUCUACUGGCUAUUGACACACAUCGGCAGAAUGCUAACAGGUUCGACGUGCUAUGCUGCGUGCAGGGCACGAAGGCGGAGGGCGGCGGCGAGGCGGGCGAGGGCGCGCUGUACAACGUGUUCCGCCAGCUCUACGUGCCCUUCCUCAUGCGCCGCGAGGUGCGCGCCUCCGUCAUGAUACUCUUCUUCGCCUGGCUCUGCUCCUCCGUCGCUGUGGCACCUCACAUUGAAAUCGGCUUAGACCAAGAACUCUCGAUGCCUCAAGACAGCUUCCAAUUGAAAUACUUCCAAUACCUGAACCGCUACUUGAACAUUGGGCCGCCGGUAUACUUCGUGAUCACUGAAGGACUGGACUACUCGGACUUGGAGACACAGAAUAUGGUGUGCGGAACUAGGUUCUGCAGGCCAGACAGUGUCUCUAUGCAACUGUAUUCUGCGUAUCGCACUCCAAAUGAAACCUACAUAGCACAGCCACCGAACUCCUGGCUGGACGACUUCUUCGACUGGGCGUCAUUGAAGAGUUGCUGCAAGUACUUCCCUACCAACUCGAGCUUCUGUCCUAGCAGCCGUGGAACACCCUGCAAGGAAUGUCAAAUCCAACUACAAGGAAACGAGCAACGCCCCGACGCGGCCGACUUCAACCAUUACGUACCAUUCUUCUUGCAAGACAUUCCCGACCCAGACGGCUGCGUAAAGGGAGGUCAUGCGGCAUACGGCCAGGCAGUCAACUACCACAUGGUGAACAAGUCCCAAGCUAAAGUCGGCGCCACUUAUUACCAGGGCUACCACACAGUGCUUAAAACAAGUCACGAUUACUACUCAGCGCUCAAAGGAGCUAGAGGCGUCGCUGCCAACCUUACAGAGACUUUGAACAGGAAUUUGAAAGAACUAGGAAAGAACACAACUGUGAAUGUGUUCCCCUACUCCGUGUUCUAUGUGUUCUAUGAACAGUAUCUGACGAUGUGGCCCGACACACUGAAGUCUAUGGGCAUAUCUGUGUUGUCUAUCUUCAUUGUAACAUUCUUGCUGAUGGGCUUCGAUCUGUUCUCGGCUUUGGUGGUAGUAAUAACGAUCACAAUGAUCGUGGUGAAUCUCGGAGGUUUGAUGUACUGGUGGGGCAUCAGUUUGAAUGCAGUCUCACUUGUUAACUUGGUGAUGGCGGUGGGCAUCGCGGUGGAGUUCUGUUCGCACGUGGUGCACGCGUUCUCUGUGGCGGGCGGCGGCGGGCGGCAGGCGCGCGCCGCGGCCGCGCUCACCCGCAUGGGCUCCUCCGUGCUCUCCGGCAUCACGCUCACCAAGUUCGGCGGCAUCAUCGUGCUCGGCACCGCCAAGAGCCAGAUCUUCCAGGUGUUCUACUUCCGCAUGUACCUGGGCAUCGUGUUGCUGGGCGCGGCGCACGGACUCAUCUUCCUGCCCGUCAUGCUCAGCUAUAUCGGUUCCCCCGUCAACAAACAGAAGCUCGCCAACCAACUCCUGCGCAGCAAGGACGUCGCGGUCGCGGAGACGUCGCUCACUCGAUUAUAAAGCACCUAUGCAUGGUAUGAGUGCACAGCUCAGUGUCGCCAGGCAUAACCCGGCGUCGGGGACGUUGGCGAGUGCAGUCGCGGCGCAGUCACACCUACGGCAGUCUAGACGAGACGCCGAGUGAGCCGCGCGCCUCCAGCAGUGGCACCGUCAACGGCCUCACCGACGAGAUGUGAGCCCACGCCCACAUGUACACAGUACGGUGAGUCCUGCACCACUUAGCUACUGUCUCUUCAUUCCUACGUACCUAGAUAGUAGAGGCUCCAAGCCCUAUUGUGUACAUCUUGGCGUACUGUGAAGGAAAUGGACUCAAACAGUGAACUUUGUAGCGAAAUUCGUAGUGUUAGUUAGGAAUGAAAUAUGACUGUGUUUUGAAGGAAACCGCGUGUAAUUAUUUUCAAUCUUAUGUUGUUAACCAUAAGGUUGGAAAUGUUACACUGUGGAUGAAUCUUGCGGAUUUGAAAGAUUAUGUACCCAGCAAGAUAGCUUCGCUUGUGAUAUGUACGUUAGGUAUAAGUAUAUUAAUAUUAUCGAAAUAUGUGGUUUAUAUAAAAUUAUAAGGGUAUCUAUGAAAUAAUUCGGGAGCUUUGUAAUUUUUAUAAAUUAUAUUCUAAAUAUUACACACUAUAUCAAUAUGAAAUAGAGAAAAUACAAUUUAAAAUAUGAAAAAAUAUAUAAUCUCUAUAAAAUAUCAAAAAUAUUUUAUUUAAUAUUUCUAUUAUGAGUUUUUCAUAAACAAAAUAUGUUGAAUAUUGUUGCAAAAUAAUAAAUAAUAUUUUUAUUUUAUUCAUAUAUCAUUAUUCAUUCCUGAAAACUGGAACAUCGAAUCGAAUUACAAAAAUAUAUUUAAUGGUCCAAUCGCCAGCAGGUCAUCUCUCCUCCGAAUUGCCAAUUUACUUCAGUAGAUUAUCAACUUAAUUUACAAGGUAAUAAAAUUGAAAAUCCACUAAAGACAGAAUUUGACAGAUUAGAGUGGAUCGACCUACUGGAAUGAAGUACUAUUUAAUAUUUGAUUAGAAGUUUGUUAUAUGAAACGUUCCAAUAUAGGGCAGUGAUGUUUAAAGUAUUAGCUAACAUAUUUAUAUCUGUAUAUAAGGAUCAAAACCCUAUACAUAGAGUAAAAUGACAACCCAAAGUUGACAUUUUGAUAUUAUUUUAUUUCUCAUAUUAGGUUAAGAUAUAGAAUUUUUAUUACUAGGGACUAUUCUGAGUGAUACACUUUAAAAUAAUGUAAUUAGUUGCACUUGUCUUACAUUUUUUUAGAUAAAUCAAAGGCCUAUUAAGCGCCGUACUCAAAGUCAUUUAAUGGUUACUUAACCCAGUCCUUAGCAAUUAUUUUCGGAACAAAAUCAUUACUAAAGAAUGGUUUAAGUAAUCAUUAAAUGUCUCUAAGUACGGCAAUAAGACUUAAAAGAUUAAUUUUAAUACUAUAUCUCAAAAUGUCUACAAUAUAAAAGUGUUGAACCAAAUUAGAGCUCGAUUUUUGCUGUAGACAUGAACCAAAAUGUUUGUACUAGUGUUUUUUUAGCAUCAGUAGGUCUGUCGAUAGAGUUUGUGACACUCAGAAUUAAUUUAGUUUUAAGAUUUAGCAUAUAGGAAAUAUAGGUAAUCCUUUAAUGUUAUAGACGUUUUGGAGUAAUAUUGCACGUUUUAACAGACUAUUUAUUGUAUUUGUUAAAUUCUAUUUUUGAAAAUGUCAGUGUUACUACACUAUAACUUUGUGUAAAUUAGUAGCUUUUACUAAAAAAAGGUUUUAUUACCAUUCUUCUAUCUGUGUAAUAGAUCAUUGUUAAAAUGUAUAAUAUUACUUCAAAAUAUCUUUAGUGAUUAUAGAACUCGAGUACCUAUCCAAAGGUUAGUUAAAAUUAUAUAAAAAAUGAUAUUAAGCUUUCAAUGUUUAGGAAAUGUUAAUUUAAUUGUUUGUCAACAUAGAUGUAGAUAGAGAGGUGGUUGAUAAAGGAAUAUGGUAAUGUUAAAGUGUAAGGGAAAGUCAAUUUGUUAAUGUAAUAUAAAACAAUCUUGUAAUCAUCUUGCGUACAUAAUGUCCAAAAUAUCUAGGCACUCGUGUGAGCAGGACGGAAUAACGGACCAAGCACCAGCUAGGAUGUUUGAAAGGGAUACAACCGCACUCAGAGACAUGUAAUGAUUACUUAAAACUAACUCUUCCUUAGUAACGAUUUUUUCCGAAAACAACUGCUAAGGACGGGUUUAAGUAACCAUUAAAUGACUCUGAGUACGGCUGAUAGAGACACACAUGGGAGGUCAAGAUAUAUUGUACGUUUUGUAAUCUCAUCUUGACUGCUAGUGUAAGUAUAGCAAAGCUUUCUUUCGCCUGUGCCUUUGAGAGUCAAUUUGACGCUAAAGCAUAGGCUAACAUUGAGAAUAAAAUUGAUCUUUGUACUAAAUUGAAUAAUAUGCUUUUUGUAACGCAAAUUGAAACUGCCAUGCUAUCUAUUGAACUUGACAAUACCGACGUGAUGUUUGUAUGUAUAAUAUACAGUCAAAUGUCCUAUUUUAUAAGACAAACACUGUUUAUAUUAUAGGUAAACGUUGCUCGUUCAAAACAUGGCAUGAUCGAUGGUAUUGCCAAAUAUGAAAAUUAGUAAAUGUCAAAAGUGAAGUGACGUGUGCACUUAAAUGACAGGCAUAGAUAAAAAAUGUUUUAUGGGUAUGAUAUUGAUGUUAUAAAGUCGGAUCGAAGGUGUAAUUUAAAAUUAUCUCUUUAAAUAUUAUCACGAAGAUAUCAGCUAGAGAUACAAAGUAUAUCACUCGAAUGAAUCUUCCUUGUUUUAGCUUACGGUGUAACAGCAUAACUCGAUAGUUUAGAUUCUAUACUUGUGUACAAAACUUACUAUCCAUAGUAAUAAGUACUGUUGUUCUAUGUAAACCUCUGUGGAAUCUAUUUUUUGAACAUUUUUGUAAAUAUCUUUGUCAACAAACCUUUUUUCUUUUAGUCUUCAUAUUCAGUCUGUUUUAUUUUCAUAUUCCAAUUUCUAAAUGAUGCUAAAAACAGUCAUUUCUAGUCUUGCUAGAUUUUUUUUAAUUGAAACUUCUCAAUUUUUCAAUUUGACUUCUCAUAUGUUUUUCUCAUUUUAUUUUGGUUUUGACUUAAUGUAUAUUUGUACUUACUUGUGUAGGUAUAAAAGUGUUGUAUAUAAUGUUAAUUACAAUAUUUGAUGUCUAUUUAAAGUUUUUACUAGUGUAAUUUGUACCUAUCUAAAGUCUAUGUUUUACCUCACGAGACAUGCGAUUUAUGUAAAAUCUGUGUAAUAGAAUUUAUAAUAAAAGAUAAGAAAAUCAAAUAA